AUGGAUCCUCUUCUGUGGGUCCAUCCCUUUGUUCCCCUAACAGGUCCAUCAGCUGUAUUUGCUCUUCGAGGAAUGGAAAAGAAACCGGAGGUCCUGCCAUCCACUGACACAGACUGGCUUAUUUCUGAUCUUCCUCGCCCUCCCUAUCCCCCUUCUCUCCAAUCACAGGCAGUCCACCCAUCAGUUCCACCAGAGGACCCACAAGAACCUGAGAGAGGGCCUGCUCAAGGGACACGCAGUAAACGAGUGGCCUCUCCAGAGGCAAUUCCUAUAUUCCCCCUGCGGGCUUAUGGCUCUCCUGAUGAAGAGGGCAACCAGACCUUACAGUACUGGCCUUUCUCUUCUUCCGAUCUUUACAAUUGGAAAUCUCAGAAUCCCCCUUUCUCUGAAAAAUCCCAGGGUCUCACUAACCUUGUAGAAUCCCUUCUAUUUACUCAUCAGCCCACCUGGGAUGACUGCCAGCAGCUCCUCCAGGUCCUGUUCACCACCGAGGAGAAACAACGAAUCCUCCUGGAGGCUCGAAAGAACAUUCCAGGAGACGAUGGGUGACCUACCCUCCUCCCUGAUAAUAUAGAUGCAGGAUUCCAGUUAACCAGACCAAACUGGGAUUUCAACUUGGCAGAAAGUAGGGAGCACCUGAAGGUCUAUUGCCAGGCUCUAAUGGCAGGUCUCCGAGGGGCAGCAAAAUGCCCCACCAAUUUGACUGAGGUAAGAGAGGUAAUCCAGGGGCCCAGUGAGUCUCCAUCAGCAUUUCUGGAGGGACUCAUGGAGGCGUUCCAUCAGUUUACCCCAUAUGAUCCUAGUAGUGAAGAGCACAAAGCUACAGUGACAGUUGCUUUUAUUGACCAGUCUAGUAGAGACAUCAGGAAGAAACUGCAGAAGCUUGAAUGGUUACAAGAUAAGUCAUUGAGGGAAUUAGUGCAGGUGGCUGAAAAGGUUUAUCAUAGUAGAGAGUCAGAGGAAGAAAAGGAAGAAAGAAAGCAGAAAGAGCAGGAAGCUAAAGAAAUAAAGAGAGAAAAGCGCCAAGAAAGAAAUUUUCACAAAAUUCUGGCCACUGUAGUCAGGGAAACUAGGGAGCCCAAUAAGACAGUACCAGGCAACAGGAAAGGACCCCUGGCAAAGGAUCAAUGUCCGUACUGUAAGGAGAAAGGUUACUGGGGUUCAAGAAUUCCCAAGAAAAAGAAAAAGCCUCAGGCCCCCAAAGUCUUGGCCCUGCAGGAAGACAGUAAUUAGAGGGGAUGGGGUUUGGACCCUCUCCCCGAUCCAAAAAUGGAGGGGAAGCAUACUCAGUUCAUGGUAGAUACUGGAGCUGAAAAUUCAGUGUUACAACAAGCAAAUGGACCCCUUCUCAAAAAGAAGUCAUGGGUACAAGGGGCUACAGGGUACAGGCAGUACUCAUGGACUACCUGAAGAACGGUGGACCUAGGCGUGGGCCGGCUAUCCCGCUCGUUCAUUGUCAUUCCUGAGUGCCCCUACCCACUACUAGGAAGAGACCUCCUCACCAAAAUGGGUGCUCAAAUUCAUUUUGACCCCGAGGGACCUCUGGUGCUAAAUCGACAAGGAAAGCCUCUCCAGGUACUAACUCUCAGGUUGGAAGAUGAAUACCAAUUGUUUGAAAAACAAGGGUGGGAGACCAGACAGAUGGACUGGUGGUUAGAAAACUACCCCCAGGCAUGGGCAGAAACUGCAGGGAUAGGGAAGGCUAAAAACCGGCCCCCCGUCCACGUAGAGCUGAAGGCUCAGGCCAGUCCUAUAGCUGUCCGACAAUACCCAAUGUCCCGAGAGGCACGCGAAGGCAUCCGACCCCACAUAGCCCACAGGAGCCGGUAUUUGGUACUGGAUCUGAAAGAUGCAUUCUUCUGUUUGCCGCUGACUGUAAAACGUCAAGAUUACUUUGCCUUCGAGUGGAAAGAUCCAGAGACUGGCCUAGCAGGGCAACUCAUGUGGACCCGCCUGCCUCAAGGGUUCAAAAAUCCACCCACCAUCUUUGACGAGGCCCUCCGCCAAGACUUGGCUAUGUUCUGGGCCUCUAACCCCCAGGUGACUCUGUUGCAGUAUGUAGAUGAUCUCCUCCUGGCAGUGGCCGAUGAGGAACUGUGUCUGGAAGGAACAAAGCAUCUCCUUACGGAGUUGGGAGAACUGGGCUACCAAGCCCCCACCAAAAAAGGCUCAGAUCUGCAAGUGACAG